AUGUCAGAACUGUAUCCAUCAAUCGCCCAGUGUGCCAUUGUGGCCACGGCAUUGAAGGUGCUGCUCUUCCCGGCCUACAAGUCCACGGAUUUCGAGGUUCACCGCAACUGGCUAGCUCUGACCCAUUCCCUACCCAUCAAAGAGUGGUACUACGAAAAAACGUCGGAAUGGACACUGGACUAUCCCCCCUUCUUCGCAUACUUUGAGUGGCUCCUUUCCCAAGCCGCAGCUCAUGUCGACCCUGGCCUACUGAAUGUAAAGGACCUGGGCUACGACAGCUGGCAAACAAUCUACUUUCAACGAGCCACUGUCAUCCUCACCGAGCUAGUCUUGGUCUAUGCCUUGCACCUCUAUGUGAAGACUUCAAAGUCCAAGACGACUGCACAUGCCGCCGCCCUUUCCAUCUUGCUCUCACCAGGCUUGUUCAUCAUUGACCAUAUCCAUUUCCAGUACAAUGGCUUCCUGUACGGCAUCCUCGUACUAUCAAUGGUCCUUGCCCGCAACAAGUCGACCCUACUUUUGUCUGGUGUCCUCUUUGCUGCCUUGCUCUGCCUCAAGCACAUCUACCUGUACCUGGCGCCCGCCUACUUCGUUUACCUGCUCCGUGCAUACUGCUUAGGACAUCAAACAAGCUUCCCCUACUUCAACAUUCGCUUCUUCAACUGCGUCAAGUUGGGUCUUGGCAUCGUCACCGUGUUUGCUGGCGCGUUUGGACCUUUCGCUCUGUGGGGUCAGCUUGAGCAAGUCUUCCGUCGUCUGUUCCCCUUUUCCCGGGGCCUUUGUCAUGCUUACUGGGCGCCGAAUGUCUGGGCUCUGUAUUCCUUCUUGGAUCGGGUAUUGAUCUACUUGGCACCACGACUUGGACUGCAUGUGGAUCGCGAGGCUGUGAACAGCGUCACUCGAGGCCUCGUUGGAGAUACAUCUUUUGCUGUGCUUCCCGACGUUGUUCCACUAGCAUGCUUCCUCCUUACCUUGGGUGCACAAAUACCCGUCCUCCUCCGACUCCUCUACAAGCCAACGUGGGAAACCUUCGUUGGUGCAGUCACCCUUUGCGGCUACGCUUCCUUCCUGUUCGGCUGGCACGUUCAUGAGAAGGCCAUUCUGCUCGUCAUCAUUCCCUUCAGCUUGAUUGCGCUUCAUGACCGCCGAUACUUUGGCGCCUUCCGACCUCUAGCCGUAGCUGGUCACGUGUCUCUCUUCCCGCUCCUAUUCACAGCAGCCGAAUUCCCCAUCAAGACAGUGUACACUAUUUUCUGGCUCGUACUGUUCCUGCUGGUCUUCGACAGGCUCGCUCCAGCUUCACCUCAACAACGCAUCUUUUUACUUGAUCGCUUCUCCAUCCUAUACAUUGCUCUCUCGAUACCGUUGAUUGCCUACUGCUCGCUUUUUCAUAGCGUGCUCUUCAAGCGCAAACCCGUCAAACUAGAACCUCUCCCAAAGUUCCUCGACGACAACACUGAGGUAUGGGUCAUCGAAGAGACCGGAGAGAAAACCUUCACAUGCGAGUCGACCGGACACUCCAACUACACCUUCUUUGAGGCUAAGGAGAGCGAGGUAGGCGCCACAUCAAUAAUGGUCAAAGGUAGUCAAGAGGUAACAGCCGUACAGACGGAGGCUUCAAAAGAGAUCAACAGCAUCUUUCCCGAUGGCUUACGAUCCCCUGUGCUCCACUUUGUUCAGUUCCGAACAACGCCACGCAUGGACGACCUUGUAAAUGAGGUAUUUGAUCACUUCAAAGAACAGUUCAUGGUUGGCGAUUCCGUCUCCAUCGAAGGCGACAAUUCGCGGCGCUACGGGACAAUCACCGAAAUGACUGACAACAGUCGACUACAUAGCAUGUUCACUGGCCAGGCAAUGGAUGAUUCGGUCCGUUCCUACACCUACGUUAUCACCAUGGAGGACAAUGGCGAAUCGAUCACAAAAUACAAAGCCUCGGAGUUUCAGCGGGACAGAAAAGUUUACUCAAAACUCAUUCUCAAGCAGUUCCUCAGAAAUGCUGUGAAGAGAGAACCAUGGCUUGGUGCACCAUGGAUGGUCAAGGAUAGCUUGGCGAAACGUUUCAAUAUUCCAACCAAAAUCCCCGAUAACAAGACCAGAGAUGCCAUCCUGGCUCAAAAGAAGGCAUCAAAUGCAAGCCUCUCGAAUGGCGCGAGCUCAUCUGUCCAGCAGCCAUACCCACAGCAUGCUCCAAACGGUCACGGACCCCAUGUCAAUGGGCAUAGGCCGCCGCUACCGGCACCCGGACAAGGCCCGCCUACUUUUGUCAACUUCUCGGCCAACCCUCCUCAAUAUGCUCAUCAACAUGUGCCACCCCAUUUUUCAACAAUCAACGGCCCCCCUCGUCCGUAUCUCGUCAAUGCGCCCCCAAUGCCUUACAAUAGUGGACCACCGCCUCAGCUUCCGUAUACAUAUCCGCCUCAAAUGGGGGUCCCGUUUCCACCGCAUCUCGCUCAUCUAGUUCAACAAAUGCCCCCACCUGGCUCCGGUCCACCUAUGAGCUUUCCCUUUCAGACCAGCUUCCCACAUCACCAAGGUCCCCGACUAUCGCAUGUUCCACAACCGCAACAGGCACCCCCGCUGGCGCGAUCUUUCGAAACAGUCAAGUUCCCUUGCGAGGAUUUGGAAAUAAAGCAACCCCGUUUGGUUACUACUCGGCCAACUUUGAAGUUCUUUUCCGAUGAUGUCCCUGAGGGGGUCGAGGAGCCAGCAGAAGCGAAGAAAACGGGUAUACUGAUGAAGAGCCUCGGGCCUUUGCUGUGCGCCUGGGAAACUCUCAAUGUUCACGACACCAUCUACAUGCUCGAUUCGUUCACAUUCGACGACUUCGUUGACGCCAUGCGAUUUACUUCCGAGGAGACUGAUUGCGAGUUGUUUCUGGAGAUACAUUGUUCUGUGUUGAAGCAGAUUGUCAACGACUCCGGAAAAAUCCAGGCACCUCUACCCAGGAUGGACGAGGCUGACGAUUCCGACGAGGAAGACUCUAGCAAAGAGUCCACUCCAACCCCUGAACCAGAGCCGCCAGUUCGCACUACACGCAGCAGCUUGAGAAGGUCCGGGGCGCAGCAAAUCGUUAAGCAGCGCACCCCUACGCCUGAACCUCCUAAAGAGAUUCAUAGAGCUGCAGAGUUCGUUGCCGACUUCAAUUGGAUCGAACAAUGCAAGAUCCGAAAUUUCCAACAAGGAGGGUGGCAGUCAAUAGUCGUUGCGCUUCUGUACCGCUUGUCCUUCGACCCUGUUCAGAAGGAUGCAUGCGAUGAGGUCCUAGCCCAACUCGUUCCUCCCGAGGAGGAGCCCACUGUGGAGAGCAUCGCCAUCAACUACAUCAAUCUCGACGUGAAUCUGCGCAUCUCAGCGCUCGAUAUUAUUCUCAGGUUAACUGUUGUUACUGAAGCAUUCCGCGACCAGCUUAUUGCCGCGGCUCAAGAGAUGACUCGCUUGCGCAAGGAGAAGAUCGAGCACCAGAGGAAGCGCAAAGAAUUGGCCGAUGAGCUCUUCAAGUUAGAUCUCGAACGGAAGAUUCAUCUACCUGCAAACACUCCAGCGUCACCGACCGGCACCAAAGAAAAUGAAGAUAUGGACCUCUCGAUGACAAGCAUCACCGACGUCAAGGAAGCUGCUGAUGCAGAAGGGAAUGACUCCGAGACAGCAGCCAACCGCAAAACCCGUCAUACAAAUAAGAAUAAACGCAAGGCAGCUGCUGACGAAGCUAGGAAGGAGAAGGCAAAGAAGGCAAAGGCAGCAGCGGAGCAGACAAAAAAGCAGAAGGAGUGGGAAAAGCUCCUUGAUGCUAUCGAGAAGAAGAAGGAGGAACUCAAGAACUGCGAGGCCAACAUUAACGAGCUCGACGACGACCUUCGUGAAACCCUUGUGCAUCGUAGUAAGGUGCUCGGGAAGGAUCGCUUCCUCAACAAGUAUUACUGGUUUGAGCACAAUGGCAUGCCAUUUGGAGGUGUUCCGAAUAGCUCUACGGCGCAGUACGGCUACGCCAAUGGCCGCAUAUGGGUGCAAGGUCCCGACGAGUAUGAAUUCCAGCCGAAUCUAGAGGAGCCUGCUCUGUCACAGGAUAUGCAGCGUUUCGGAUUUACGGUCCCACAGCGUAAAGAGAAAGAGGAGGGCUCGACGCAUCUUUCCAAGUCUACCGAGUGGGCAUACUACGACGACCCUGAGGACAUCGACAAAUUGUUGUUGUGGCUGGACGAGCGUGGCCUGCGAGAGCGGGUACUUCGUAAGGAGCUGCAGUCAUUCCGAGACCGGAUUGCCGAGUAUAUGGAUAAGAUGAAAAAACAUCUCGAUGAAGCGAACAGGACGAAGGAUGAGGAUGAGGAUACCACAACUCGUGUGUCAACUCGCAACAAGACGUACAUCGACAAGGAUACUACACAGAAUCGCUGCCUCCGCUGGACUAACAGCAUCAUGCGAGACGAGUAUAAACACAUUCACUUCGACGAGUACAAGCCACCGCGGAAGGCGAAGGCUGUCAAGGCGACGAAGGGCAAAGGCAGGCGCUAA